CACAAUUACAAUUAUCUGAAAGUUCAUUGAAGAAAGAAGAAAAGAUUAAAGUCAAAAAGAAAGGAGAAUUAUUAUUAAUUUUGCAACAAGUUCGAGAUCUUCAUAAUGCAACUGAUGUUGAUGAUGCGGCUGAAGAAACAACAUAA